AUGGCCUCUUCCGCAGCGAAAGCAAACGCUUCUAUUCCCUCCCCGCAUGCAAAUUCCUCCGAUUCUUUCCUCCAUUUCUUAUUUUUCUUCCUUUUAUUUGGCGUGAGGAGCUGAGGUGUUUCCUGGUUCGAUCUCAUGGCGAGCAGCAAGAGAGACAGCAUCCGUAUCGAGCGGGAAUCCGUCGUCCCGAUUCUCAAGCCGAAGCUGGUCAUGACGUUGGCUAAUCUCUUGGAACGUUCCGGGGAUCGCACGGAAUUCCUGAAACUGUGCAAAAGGGUCGAGUAUAUGAUUCGUGCUUGGUAUUUUCUGCAAUUUGAGGACCUGAUGCAAUUGUACUCUCUUUUUAGUCCCAUCGACGGAGCUGAGAAAUUGCAGCAACAGCAUUUGUCCAGCAGAGAGAUUGACGAACUCGAACAGAAAUUUUUGAACUAUUUAUUUCAGGUAAUGGAGAAGAGCAAUUUCAAGAUAGUUACUGAUCAAGAAAUUGAGGUUGCUCGCAGUGGGCAAUACCUUCUGAAUCUUCCCAUUUCAGUUGAUGAAUCAAAGCUAGACAGCAAGCUUUUAUCAAGGUUUUUUUGUGAUCAUCCCCAUGAGAACCUUCCGGAGUUUGCGAAAAAGUAUAUAAUUUUCCAUCGUGGAGUUGGGAUUGACAAAACAAGUGAUUACUUUUUCAUGGAGAAGCUGGACAUGAUCAUUUCGCGUGCAUGGGCUUGGUUCAUCAGUGUUACUGGAUUGCAAACAUUGCUAUCUAAAAGGCAUAGUCAAAGUUCACAAGCAAAUUCAAAGAAAACUGAUGAAAUAUGUAAGCACUCAGAAAAUGGUGACAUGUAUGAUCGAAUUCGGAUUGAGAACAUGGAACUGAGCUUGAAAAACUUGCUUGGCAAGAUCAUGAUUCAAGAGCCAACUUUUGAAAGGAUGAUAGUAGUCUAUAGGCGCGCAAGUAGCAAAGAGCAGGAUGAUCAUGGAAUUUACAUCAAGCAUUUUAAAAACAUCCCUAUGGCUGAUAUGGAGCUGGUUCUGCCAGAGAAGAAAAAUCCAAGUCUAACCCCAAUGGACUGGGUCACAUUUAUUAUUUCUGCUGUUGUGGGUCUGGUUACACUUGUUAGCUCACUUGAAAAGCCCAAAGCUGAUAUUUGGGUUAUAAUAGCCAUCCUCUCUGGGCUUGUCGGUUACUGUGCCAAGACAUACUUCACGUUCCAACAGAAUAUGGCAACGUACCAGAAUUUGAUUACAAAAUCAAUGUAUGACAAACAGUUGGACAGUGGGAGAGGAACCCUUCUUCAUUUGUGUGAUGAUGUUAUACAGCAGGAAGUGAAGGAGGUGAUUAUAGCAUUCUAUGUUUUGAUGGAACAGGGUAAAGCAACGAAACAGGAGCUUGAUAAGCGAUGCGAAGAACUCAUGGAGUCAGAAUUUGGACUUAAGUGUGACUUUGAAGUGGAUGAUGCGGUGCAGAAAUUGGAGAAGCUUGGGAUUAUUGGGCGGGACUCCGCUGGAAAAAUUUUCUGCGUUAGUCUUCAGCGUGCAAAUGACGUCAUUGGAACGACAACGGAAGAACUGGUGUUGAAAGCGAGACAGGUCACGUCCUCGUCACCACAAAAGGCAUAGUUUCAAAGAGCUUGACAGGUCUAUGGCGUUUAAUCUUCUGCCAAAUACGAGGUGGCGUUUUUUUUUUUUUUAUUUCUUUUACAAUUCGUUUAUUUAUUUGUCUAUGGCAUGUUCCUGACAUGAGCAAAUGUAUGUAUGCAUGUCUUUAUGUACAUAUAUCCUUUUUAUUGAUCUGUUCGGAACAGAUUACUACCACUAUGGAUUAUUUCAUGGAUCACGAUCUUGAAACUUA